GCACGCUCCGCCGCAGGGGGGCGCCCCUGGCUGGCAGCUGCUUGGCUAGUGGUCCCCGCCACAGGGCGCGUCGCCUUCAAGAAGAUGUCGCUGUCCGGCGGGGAGAGCCCUGCUUGGCCAGGGAUUCGCCUGUCCUGGUUGCUAUGCUGCAGCGCCCUGUUGUCCCCGGCCGCCGGCUACGUGAUUGUGAGCUCCGUGUCCUGGGCUGUCACCAACGAGGUAGACGAGGAGCUGGACAGCGCGUCCACCGAGGAGGCGCUGCCCGCGCUGCUGGAGGACUCGAGCAGCAUCUGGCAGCAGAGCUUCCCGGCCUCGGCGCACAAGGAGGACACGCACCUGCGGCCUCGGGGCUCCGCCCGCGCCAGGCCCGCACCGGCCGCGCGUGGCAUGUUCUCCUACCGGCGGGAGAGCGGCUCAUCCGAGGCAUCCCCCGGCCCCAGGGUGCACGCCGGCACCGCCCGCUCCCUAGCCCACGCUAGCUCCUGGGGCUGUCUGGCCACAGUGUCCACCCACGAAAAGAUCCAAGGACUUCCCUUUGGGAGCUGCCUGGCCAUCAGCGAUGGCCCGAUCCACAACAGCACAGGGGUCCCUUUCUUCUACAUGACAGCCAAGGACCCUGCUGUGGCCGACCUGGUGAAGAACCCUGUAGCCUCCCUGAUGCUGCCUGAGUCUGAAGGAGAGUUUUGCAGAAAAAACAUCGUCGACCCAGAAGAUCCCCGGUGUGCCCGGUUAACGCUCACUGGCCGGAUAGUCACGGUUCCACCAGGGGAGGUGGAGUUCGCCAAGCAAGCCAUGUUUUCAAGGCAUCCAGGGAUGAGGAAGUGGCCUCGCCAGUAUGAAUGGUUCUUCAUGAAGAUGUGGGUAGAACACAUCUGGCUUCAGAAAUGGUAUGGAGGCAUAUCUGACAUCCCAAAGGAGGAAUACUUCAAAGCAGCCCCAAGAAAGGCCUGAUAGUAACACGCAAGUCCUGGGGCUUACUUUAAAAUGAAGACCUUCGAAGGGCAGAAGCCAGACAGUCUCUGACUGCCAUCUCUUUGUUUGAAGGGUGCCCAGCUGCCCUGUCAUCCUACAGCAGAAUGAGAAAGGAUGAACAGGGAGCCCUGGGCUAGAGUUGAGAUCCAUCGGAGUGGUCCUUUGCUGAUCCAUCAUCCACAUAGAAACGUUUCUGUUCACCCUGUACUCAAUCCAGAAGCUCCCAUUUGGAGAUCGUGGUUGUCAGAAAUGGAAGUGGUAGUUGCUAUUCUGUUCUUUAAAAAAAAAAAAUGAUGCCUGUAUAUAGCAUGUCAUUGCCUUGUAUCGUGAGAACAUUGUGUUGCUUACCACGCAAAAGCCGUGCCUUGGAUGGCGGUCCAUUGCUUAACAAGAGCUGAGCAUGCAUCACACUGUGGCUGCGGGUUCAGGAUAAGGUGGAAGGCUUUCGGUCAGAAGGUUAUUCACUAUGUCACUAAAUUGCUGAUGUAUUUUCUAGAA